AUGAAGUCUUCGGUGCAAAUCGUUGCUGUCGCGGGCAUGGCUGCGUCGCUCGUCAGCGCAGCCAGUAUACCUCAGAUAUCGCCAAAUAUCAAUGUCUUCAAAAGAGCUCCUUCGGACCUCUUCAUCCCCGCAAACACUCUUUCCACAAACUGCAUAUCCAUUGGCUUUCUCCCCUGCGAAGGCGAAGCCCCCGAGCUCUGCCCACGCUACACCAUGUCGCAAAUCAACGACAAGCUCGGCAGUAAAGCCGGAACAUACGGAUGGUACGCGCAGAUCACCGAAAAAGGAUUCGACGGUUCACAACUCCUAGCCGUGAAAGAAGAUGUCAAGAAAAGCGGAGCUGUGUUUGUGGCUUCCGUUAUGCCUAGCAUCAACUUCGACAAGGUCACGGUGGAGGUGGCGAAGCAGGUCGGAGCAGUUAUGAAGAAGUUUACGGACGAAGGGGUGGCGGUUUGGCUGAGGUUUGGGCACGAGAUGAAUUACUACGCAACUUCAGGCGUCUACCACGGCACGCCCUCCGCCUUCCAGACCGCUUGGAAAACGAUCCACACCUACGCUUGCGCCCCUAACCCCCGUGUGAAAUGUUUCUGGAGCCCCAAUCGCAACGAUGACGUCUCUCAGCUCGCUCAGUACUGGCCAGGGAAACAAUACGUCGACAUCGUCGGCAUCGACGCCUACCCCGGCUCUGGAGAAGACGUGACCUCUAUAUCGCUCUUCGAUAAAAUGUACGGAAAAUUCUACAACACCUAUGCAAAAGCCAACAGCCUGCCAUUCGUGAUUGGUGAAACAGGCGCGGAUGAUGCGAGAAAGGAGGCGUGGUUGAAGACGGUGACGAGUAGCGAGGUGAAGAAGAAGUAUCCAGAUUAUGUGGCUAUGAUGUGGUUUGAGUUCAAAAAGAGGGAGAAUGGCGGGGUUACCGAUUUCAGGGUUGUUAUGAAGGAUGAUAAGUUGAGUCAGACUAAGGAGAUCCUUUUGGCUGGGGGGAAUCAGGGUUGUGCGGCUGGGGGAGGGGGCGGGAACGGGACUGAAGUGGGGAAGGGUGAGAAAACGGGGGGUGGGAAGUCAAGUUAAGCUUUUAGGACCGAUCCUGGGGGGGGGAUUGGUUUGAACUGGAGGGUUUGUGAAUUUUCUUCUUUUUCUGUACAACUAGACUACCCUUCCAGACUUUCGUUAAACAUCUUCAUGAAUAAACUAUGCAUAUAUCACCCAAUACCCCCGAUCCGCACCCUUUCCGAAUCCUGAAAAACUUACCUCACCCUAGUAAUAGCAGCCUCAAACUCACUAUCACUAAACUCCCACGGCAUAAGACCAUCAUCAUCAUAGACAGUGUCCCCAUCGAAGCCCCUGACACGGAUCCCGUCUUCCGUAAGCCCUCCAUGUUGGGAGUACGGAUCUACACUUUCUCUGUCUGUUAUUAGAGAAUGAGCACGCUUGGGUUUUGCGGGUUUCUUAUUAUGUUUACGGUUGCGAUUCGCGGGUUUGGUGGUACUGCGUUCGGGUGUAUUAUCAUCACCUCCAUACUGUUGCGAUGAGACAUGAUGAUGGGAACCCUUUUCGAUCUCAGAGCCCGCUUGUCUCUUGUCUACCUUCUUCUCUGUCGCUUUCCCCAAACUCGGUUCUGGUCCGUGUCCUACUUCCUUGUUUCCUUCCUUCCCCAUGCUCCUCGUCUCCUUCUCCUUCUCCCCCUUCUGUUUCUUCCUCUUCUCCUCUUCCCUGUUGAUAAGGCUGUUGCUGAUAUUGUUGUUGAUCAUGUGUGGUUUGCUGUUGCCGAGCUUGAUAUUGCC